AAGCUUUGUAGUCUCAUGCCUCUUUCUAGUAAGGGGAAGUAACUACCGAAGUACUCUUUUUGACCAGGAAAAGUCUAAAGCGUGAAGCAUUGACGUCACAUCCGAUACAGUAUACUUCAAAUAGAAACCGGCAAAGAUUUAACAUGGCAGACGUUGAAAAUGGAACUGAAAGUGCCUUGGAAGAUACGUUUCAAGAAGAAUCGGUGGAAUUCGAUGCUGGGGAUACAAAUGCUGUUUCAGGUCUUACGGAAGAUAGCGGAGUUGAGGAUCCAGAACUAGAAGCAAUCAAGGCUCGUGUUCGAGAAAUGGAAGAAGAAGCAGAAAAACUGAAAGAGAUGCAAAGUGAAGUUGAGAAACAGAUGAACUUAAGUUCAACAUCAGCUGGAAGCUCAACCUCUUUCCCUUCUCAGGAAGAAAAAAUUGAAGCUGAUUCAAGAUCUAUAUAUGUGGGAAAUGUGGAUUAUGGAGCAACAGCAGAAGAGCUAGAACAACACUUUCAUGGCUGCGGGUCUGUCAACAGAGUAACAAUUUUGUGCGACAAAUAUUCAGGACAUCCCAAAGGGUUUGCUUAUGUAGAAUUUGCUGACAAAGAUUCUGUAGUGACUGCUAUGGCUAUGGACGAAAGUCUUUUUCGUGGACGACAGAUCAAGGUAAUGCCUAAAAGAACCAACAGACCAGGAAUAAGCUCAACAAAUAGACCACCCAGAGCUCGGGCACGCAGAGGUGGACGUGGUUUUGGUGGAUAUAGUGGAGGGUUUGCUCCUCGUGCACGGCGAGGGUUUGGGUAUGCUUCCUUGCAGUCCUUAUUGCUCCAGUUUAUUUAUUUUCCCUUUAAGGCCUAGAAAUAGAUUGUCACACUACAGAAACACUUAUGAUAAUGAAUUUUGAUUUGUUAUAUAUAUAUAAGAAUAUAUUGAGGUGUAAGAAAUGACUUUAAAAGUAACUGUUGGAGAUUAUAACUGAACAUUUUAUUUUAUAAACCCAGCUCUGUUAGAUUUUUAUCUAAUGGCUUCGAUGGCUGUUUCAUCAGCAAGUUUUUUUUGUAUACAUUAUGACAGGAGUUCGAUAGUCUUUUCUUUUGACUGCCUUCGAAAUUUUUUUCCAGAUUCUGCCAGGUUUAAAAAAGUUGAAGAGCUGACAAAUGCCUUAACUGACUUUUGUUUUU